AGUCACGUACGAAUUGCUAUGUAAAACAAAAGGCGCGAAUUGUCCCACGAGAUCUCCUCAGUGUGUCAAACAAGCCAACAACCGACUCAAAAAUUUGGUUCUACAAAUCUCCCACCCAAAAACGACGCCGUUUUCACUCUCUUCCUCUUCCCCCAAAUUAGACUCUCAUCAUCAGCUUCCUUUUUUUCAGGUCUUUCAAAGAUCACAAUUUCUGAUCAUAUUCAAUCAAUUAUUAGGGUUUACACUUGGCUUUUUGAAAUCUCGCUGAUCUGGUGUGUUUGGAAUGAAAGAAGAAGAGGUGGAUAGAGCUCUGUUGAGUAGUUUGGGUGUAACGUCUGCAAAUCCAGACGAGAUUGAACAAGAUAUAUUACAGCAGGCAAGAAACCAUGUUGAACAGGGCAGUGAAGUGGGAGGAACUGCCGACCAUGAACAUCUUGAAAGAAGACAAAACAGUGAACCAUCAUCCACUGCCCGAACGGAUGUUUUGAACAGAUUGAGAGCCAUAAAUGUUGAAAUAGAUGCUGUUGCAUGCACUGUUGAAGAUGUGAAGAAUUUUUCAAGAGCCGAAGAUGAUAAUGAUAAUGAACAGGGGGGUUUAGAUGCAGAACAAAGUAUUUUGCAGGCUUCUUCCAAUGAUCUAACACUUCAGCAGGCUCUAGCAACUGACCGACUGGAAAGCCUGAAGAGGACAAAGGCUCAGCUUGAGAAACAUAUAGCAAGUUUGGGUGAUGAACCCAAAAGUAAUAAAGAUGAAAAGAUCUUGCGAUCUAUUGUCAAGGAAGAACCAAAACUCAAGAGAAAACAGAAAGAACUGCCGCCGACAAACAAGAAGUUGAAGAAGCGGCAUAAAACAGUAGCCUUUAACGAUGAUGAUGAAUUUGAUGCAGUUCUAAAUGCUGCUUCUGCAGGAUUCAUUGAAACAGAAAGGGAUGAGUUGGUUCGGAAAGGAAUUCUAACUCCGUUCCACAACCUCAAAGGAUACGAACGUCGUAUUGAAGAACCAGGGCCAUCUAAUACAAUUGAAGAAGAUGAUGAUCUUCCAUCUACCAGCAUAGCAAGAGCUGUUAAAUUAAUGUCAGAGGCUGCACAAUCUCGUCCUACGUCAAAGCUAUUAGAUUCAGAUUCACUGCCAGGUCUUGAUAUGCCAGCCCGUCCUUUCCAAAGGCUUAGAACCCCCUUUAAAAACCCCCAGUUUAGGGAUAGCGUGGAAGGGACGUCUAAAGAUUCAACUAGGAAAAAGAAAAGGCCUUUGCCCGAAAAGAGGUGGAGGAAGGUAGCAUCUCGUGAGGAUAAUAAUCUCCUGGAAGGAAUUGAAGAUGCAAGAGGCUCAAGUAUCGAAGAAGAUAACCAAGAGGAUGUCGAAGAUGGGGGAGGCAAUGAAGCUUCUUUUGUGACACUUGAAGGUGGAUUGAAAAUUCCAGAUUCCAUAUUCAGUCAGUUGUUUGAUUAUCAGAAGGUGGGUGUGCAAUGGUUAUGGGAGCUUCAUUGCCAAAGAGCUGGUGGAAUCAUAGGAGAUGAAAUGGGCCUCGGGAAAACGAUUCAAGUCUUAUCUUUUCUUGGAGCUUUACAUUUCAGUAAAAUGUACAAACCUAGUAUAAUUGUAUGUCCUGUCACUCUUUUGCGACAAUGGAGGCGAGAAGCGAAGAAAUGGUAUCCAAGUUUUCAUGUGGAAAUAUUACACGAUUCUGCUCAAGAUUCUUCCGCUAAAAGGAAGCAAAUUAAGUCAGAUGAAAGUGAUGAUGAUACUACUGAGAGUGAUGAAGAAGAAAUUCUAAUCUCCAGAAAAGAUAAGAAGUGGGAUUCGUUGAUAAAUCGUGUUUUGAGAAGUGAAUCUGGUUUGUUGAUUACUACUUAUGAACAGCUACGGAUUCUUGGAGAAAAACUGCUUGACAUUGAAUGGGGAUAUGCGGUGUUAGAUGAAGGACAUAGAAUCCGAAACCCUAAUGCAGAAGUUACUUUAGUUUGCAAACAAUUACAGACUGUUCAUCGUAUUAUAAUGACUGGUGCACCUAUUCAGAACAAGCUAAGUGAACUUUGGUCAUUGUUUGAUUUUGUAUUUCCUGGAAAGUUGGGUGUUCUUCCGGUGUUUGAAGCAGAGUUUGCUGUUCCGAUUUCUGUUGGUGGCUAUGCUAAUGCGUCGCCUUUACAAGUAUCUACUGCUUACAGAUGUGCAGUUGUUCUGCGUGACCUAAUCAUGCCUUAUCUUCUUCGAAGAAUGAAGGCUGAUGUGAAUGCUCACCUUCCGACAAAAACCGAACAUGUUCUCUUUUGUAGCCUUACAUCAGAUCAGCGGGCUACGUACCGAGCAUUUCUUGCAAGCUCAGAGGUGGAACAAAUUUUUAAUGGAGACAGAAACUCCCUUUAUGGGAUCGAUGUGAUGCGUAAAAUCUGCAAUCACCCUGAUUUACUUGAGAGAGAAACUGCCGCCCAGAAUCCAGAUUAUGGAAAUCCAGAAAGAAGUGGAAAGAUGAAAGUUGUUGCACAGGUACUCAAGGUGUGGAAAGAACAGGGUCAUCGGGUUCUUCUUUUUGCGCAGACUCAACAAAUGCUCGAUAUUCUUGAAAACUUUUUGAUUAAUGAUUCAUAUACAUAUAGAAGAAUGGAUGGACUAACCCCGGUGAAGCAGAGGAUGUCUUUAAUGGAUGAAUUUAACAAUUCUUCUGAUAUAUUCAUCUUCAUUCUGACCACUAAAGUUGGUGGCUUGGGGACAAACUUAACCGGUGCAAAUAGAGUGAUUAUUUUUGACCCUGAUUGGAACCCUUCAACUGACAUGCAGGCGAGGGAGCGUGCUUGGCGUAUUGGACAGACAAAAGAUGUAACUGUUUAUAGAUUGAUAACUCGUGGAACGAUAGAAGAGAAAGUGUAUCAUCGACAAAUAUACAAACAUUUUUUGACAAAUAAAAUCUUGAAAAAUCCACAGCAAAAACGAUUCUUUAAGGCCCGAGACAUGAAAGAUCUUUUCACAUUGAAUGAUGACAGAGACAAUGGCAGUACUGAAACAUCUAACCUUUUUGGUCAGUUAUCUGAAAAUGUAAAUAUUGUUGCCCCUCAUCUGAAUAACCAAGAUAUACAGGGGUUAAAUGGAGCAGCAAUUGCCAAAGAUAAUGAUCUUUCAACAGGGACAAAAAAAUCUAAAAAGAAAGACAAGGAAAAGGUUGAUGAUACCAAUGGAGGAGAAACCGAAGAAACAAAUAUAUUGAAAAGUCUCUUUGAUGCUCAGGGGAUUCAUAGUGCAGUGAACCAUGAUUUAAUUAUGAAUGCUAACGAUGAAGAAAAGGUGAAGCUCGAUGAGCAAGCUUCCCAAGUUGCACGUAGAGCCGCUGAAGCGCUACGCCAAUCACGAAUGAUCCGGAGCCAAGAAAGUAUCUCUGUUCCGACCUGGACUGGGAGAUCCGGAACUGCUGGUGCACCGGGGUCAUCUUCAGGCAGAAAGUUUGGGUCAACUGUGAACUCUAAAUUGGUUACUAAAAUCCGAACUGAGGAAGUAGCGUCUAACAAUGAACGGUUUGUUGCUGGAGCAUCGGGCGGCAAAGCCCUAUCUUCAUCUGAAUUACUUGCUAAGCUUAGAGGAACCCAAGAGCAAGCGGUCGGUGAUGCGCUUGAGCACCAAUUGGGCGUGGGUUCAAGUUCCAAUGGUAGAACCCGAUCAUCUCAUAACUUGGUUGGGGUCCAGCCGGAAGUUCUGAUUCGGCAAAUAUGUACAUUUUUACAACAAAGAGGUGGAAUAAGUGGCUCUGCUAGUAUAGUGCAGCACUUCAAGGAUAGGAUACCCGAGAAGGAUCUGCCAGUAUUCAAGUCUCUUUUGAAGGAAAUCGCGACAUUGCAGAAGAAUCCAAAUGGGUCUUCCUGGAUUCUAAAACCCGAGUAUCAAUAAUAUCAAUGAUCUGAUCAGUUCUCUUUUUCAACCCAUUUUUAGGGGUAUAUUUCUCCACGAUUAGAUCUCCAACUGUGUAUAAUUGUACAUGUAUGUUCCAUUGAGAAAUGUUGGAAAAUUUUGGCUUCUUUUGUUUUUUCCUAAUUAGAUUAGUUCACGUUUUCUUAUA